AUGACCACCGGUCUAAUGCGGCGGUUAUUUUCGUCGUCGACCCGAGCACAUCUGCCGCCGCGAUCUACCUCAACCCAUCUCACCACGCCCCGGUUGCUGGGCCUCAAGCAAUACCAGAGGACCAUUACCGACGUCCGUCCGCGGCAGGCCUCAGUAUCGCGAUCAUGGUUUACGAGCUCGACACCGUCCCUCUAUCCAGGGGCAGGCAGCGACCAUCCGCCCCCGGAUGAGCGCAAUCUCAAACUUGGGAAGACCAUUCGCAUACUCCAAGAACGUCUUCCGACGCUAUUAGUGUCGCCGCUGCCGCAAGAUAUCCUUUCCCCGCGGAUUAGUCUCCACCUAUUUCCUUCGACGCACCCGCAUCUCCCGACCGUGAGUGGAAAGCUUGCAUAUACAGCCGCGCUAUAUACCGCUCCAGUCGCAUGGGGAAGGGUGCCCGUUGUGGGCAAUGUAAAGCUCAAGAUCUUGUCUGAGCGCAUGAUCAAGAAUGGAGGCACAUCCACGCCUGCCGAUAUGCGACACGAGAAGCUCAUCGUCAAGUGGGAGACGUGCGGGAAAUCAGAGGAGAAAGAGCAUGGUCAGGUUAGCGAAGCAGUGGAAAAGAUCAAGAACAUUGUCGGGGGUUCAAGACGGCCUGACGAGAAGUUUUCUGGCCUGUUCAUAUUCGAGUUCGAUGAACAGGGGAGGAUCGCCCAGCACACCAUUGAGCAUGUUGAAGAGAAUGGACAAUGGGACAAGACGGCGAAGGUCAUCUCCGUCACCGACUGGCUGCUGGGUCGGGCUUGGGGCAGGCGCGAAGAGGGCGCUCCAAGCCUGGCGUUCUCU